AUGAAUCACCCAUCUGAUGAACCCGACGACAACCAAAAUUUCCAUGAUGAAAUCUCCUCGACUCUGAAAGGUACGUGGCUGACACAGAUACUACUAAAUGGCUUAAUAUUGGCAGCCGUGUAAGAUCAGAAUAAUAAUUUUCACCUAUAAUAGUGACUGAUUUGUAGAUUUUAACGUCGUGCAAGCGAACAGAGAAUUAUUAGAAAUUUGCGUGCGCGGAAUAUGGUAAACAAACGCGUUGUUCACGUCAAAUAAAAGUAUUUCUUUCGGGAUUAAAAUGUUUUUUCUUUGCUUUGGUUGAGCCGAUGAAAGAGACAUCAUCUUGAGCCUUUCGCAAUAAAUUUUCCGUACAAAUCCACUUUAGUUUUCCCUAGAACUGAUAUAAGGUAAGAAUAGUUCUUUUCAUUUUAAGCGAAAACCUGAAGACAACGACAAAUGAGCGGUUGAAGAAACCAUGCAAAAUAUGUACAACAAUUCUCUGUGUAUAUUUAUUCCUCUUUGAUCGUUGACAGAGGUUUCAAAAAGGAAUGUUCGCCAGCUAUUUUUGUUUCUAUGAUAAAAAGGCAAAGCUUCCAAAAAAAAACCUGAUUUCUCAUCGUUGUUCCACAUUUAUUUAAAAUCACACGGCAAAACAAUAGAAUGGCGGACGACGGAAAAUUAGUUAAUGGUUAUAUUGAUUUGCUUUGGAUGUUCAAUCUAUAUACAAUGGCGUGCGGCAGGAUACCUCUAAAAUGUAAACGAAGAAGAACGGAAAUCUCACGGCUACUUCUUUGAACAGGAUUUCAGACGAGUCGGACAUGUACACGAAAUUCUGCAAACGCCGCACUUUUUUCAAACUAAAAUACAUCAAGUGUUUCGAUAAUAACAACAGGAUAAUAUGCCACAGUAAUAGAAGUAUAUUACCAUAACAAUGAAGGAAUUAAACAAGAUAUUUUUAUAUCGAGCGAACUUUCGUCCGAGGUCUGAACAAAGCAAAUUUCCGUCGAUUCCCCGAAUUUGUCAAAGGCGCAGAACGGAAGGAAAAACAUAAUAUAAAAGUUCAGACUGCUGUUAUUUUUAUUUUAUUCAUGUAUUAGAUGUUUUACCAUUCAUAUGCAAAUUAAAUUUGGAGUAAUCGUUUUAAAGAAUAAUCUAAAAUGGUUUUUCAGUGGGAAACCAAUGAAUAUGUCCUUUUUUAUUUCGAAUUGUGUGACUGUGUUUUCGUUCUCAGAUUACACGAGAAACCGAGAAUGGCGCGCGUGAAAAUCAACGCUGUGGUGAACAAAUUUUAAAUUUAUUCUUUCAUUUCAAAGAGUUGUUAAGAGGAUUCAAAGACGUUCAUUCGGAUAAAGGACUUUCUUUUUUAAGACUAAUUUUUAUUUAUACCAAAUAUAAUUUGGCGAUUACUUAAUCCACAUGUGGUUUGUUCAUUUUCAUUUCUGUUAAUUGGUUCUCGAAACAUCUUGGUAUUAUUGUCAAAGUUCUUCUAAAAUGCGGAAUCAAAAUAUGUUAUCGCGGUGAAUUCAGGGCGUGCAACAAAAACAUUCAAAUUCCAGUUCAAAGUAUGAAGAAGAAGUGUUUUACAGCGAGCAAAGUGAAAUUACAUGACGAGUUCGAUUGUCUCAGCGAAAUCGGUCACGCACCUUCGGUGGGUGUAAAUCUGUUAAGACUUUGCAAGUACUUGUGCUUGAUUUUUCAAAGCGAUCGAUAUCAUAAUUACCAUGCAAGGCAUCUGGAAGGAAAUUUCAAAUUGGGUGUAUACAUUAAAUAAAGUAAUGAGUGGCGAUGUAAUUUUUAAAUAUAACUCAUGAGCAUUACACAGUCAUUCCUUCGAAAACUAUUGCGUAAUCUACUUUCGAAAGCGAGUACUCUCCUUAUCCAUAAAGUAUAAUCUCUUGAAGUUGGUUAGUGCUCUUUGUGCUUGGGAUUAAAAACACCAUAAGAGAAUUGUUCCUUGAUAUUUUGCAAUGGCAUCGUUUCCGGUAAUAAGAGAGGGGGCGGAGGAAGAAGAACGAGUGGGGUGCAGCCGCAGGGACAGUUGUCCCCAUGUGUUAGAGACACCAUUUCACCUCUUUUCAAUUAACUUGUCAAAGAAACGUCAAUAUUUGUACUUAAAUAAAUUAGGGUGGGAUUUCUGGUGAGAAAAAAUAUGUAUUGUAAUCAGUUGAUAUUUGGCGCAAAGUUCAUAGGGCCGUUAGAUUCGUUGAACCGCCGUCGUUGAUUUUGACAACGAGUUUGUGAUUGUAUGGAGCCCGAGCCGGGGAGGUGACCUAACGUAACAGUACUUCGUUUAGCCUUCCCUCUUGGCUAGAUUCUGGGGAGGGUGUAGUAACCGAGAAACCGGGGAAAAUGGUUCCUCGUGAUAACUACAUGGUUACAGAAGUAUACUUCGCACUGCAUAAGUUUGAAUUUGUAAAAUGAUACUUGUUCUUAUUCCCCUUCUACGGGUGUUUGCACAUUGUGUGCUGAGGCUCGUGUUCAACGCCUUAUAUUAGGUCCAUAGUAUUUAGAAAUCUAGACAGACAUUUACUUUGCACCACCGAUUCAUUUUAUUUUUUAUGUCGUUUUUUCACACAGACGUGGAGAUAUUUCUUAGUGACCUCGCGAAGGAAUCACUUCAGUUACAUCUCGAAAAACAAAGAGAUGAGCUCCUUGAGAAGGUAAUUCAACUGAAAAAGAAGGUCACAGAGUACAAAAACUCUCAGAUGGUUACAAAUGGAAUCAAAUCCCCGAGACCCAAAAGAAAAAGCUACCCGUUUGCGGCUGUAAAGGACAGUAUGCAUACGUACGCUGCGCAUUUACAAAAAAUAAACGUGGAUGUGAAACCUAAGCACCCAGGCUCACCCGAGAUAAGGCGGUCAGUGGAUAAGCCUAAAAUGCGCCCACGCUCCGUGUCGUGUCCCGAAAUUCGCUUCACUUUAAGUCAUGCGUGGAGGACGUCCCUUCCUAAGGUUCCAGAAAACGAGGAGCUCAAAGUAGAUGGAGACAAAGGAUCCUUAUCAGAGGAAGACUAA